AUGUUACCCGACUUUUCCACAACGACCGACAAUGAUAUCAGCGUCGCGGCAAUGGUUAUGAUGGCAACUACAAAGGCAUAUUUUGAGUACAUUGUACUAUGCGGUUGUGGAUUCCCAAGCGUCACACUUGUAGGUGAGAGAGAAGAUUGGGUAAAGCUCCUUGGGAAACUACCUAAACUUGCGACAUUCGGUGAUGAGCCUGCCGAAUGGAGCAAACUACUCGUUAAAGUAGUGGAAAAAAUGAUUGAAACAUUUGAUCGACCAGACGACGGAGAUACAAAGGAGUUUUGGAUGAAGGCAGUCCACAGAGCUGGUGCUGAGGCAUCAGGACGAGGAGUUGACACGCUAUCCGGAUGGAUAACGGCAUUCUGCUUCUGGGAUAAAGAAGGCAAGAUGAUUCGUCAGUACACAGACGAAAACAUAAAAUUAUUCUCGUUCGACGGAGAAGGAGAUGAAGACAGGAAGAGACUCGUUAUUGAUGACGUUGUUUUCCCAAUCAUCAGGGCUAAAGACGUGCCACAGGCUGUGGUCGAAGUCCCCGUCAAAGUCCUGGAUACGUCGACAAUGCUUGACUAUGACACAACCGUUAUAGCAGGUUCUGUGGGUAUGACAGCAACUGCCAGUGAGAGCAAAGGGGUAUUUGACACUUUCCAGCCACGAUCAGGCUGGUGGAUGCUGCUCGAUGGGGUGAAGCCGAUUGAUCACGAGGAGUUGGAUAAAUAUGUAGAUAUUCGACGUGAGGAGGUGAGUGUGCCUUAA